CAUUAGACUGUACAUACAUUUCAAAAAAAAUUUACUGGUUAAAUAAUAAUACUUUUUUGUUUUGUUUUUAUUAAAAAUAUUACUAAAUAAUUUAGAAUUAGUAGAAAAAUAUUUUCGUUGUUGCAACACUGAACAACACAUGUCAAAUUCAAAAUGGCUUCGAAACAACAAAGUGUUGGCGGGACCCGGGUAAGUUUUUGCGUUAUAAAUUACUUUUUAGCUCAAAAACUAAUAAAAAAUGGUGUGUUAUUUGAUCUAAAAACUAUGUAUUACUCAAAAAGUGGUUUUAUGCGUUACUGUGUCAAUUUUUAUGGCCGAUUUUGGUUGAAACAAAUGUAUGUACACUGCACUGCACGUUGCCAAUAACGCACUAAAAUACUAAAAAUGAACUAUGGUAACCACGCUGUACAUUGCUAAGUUUACACAGUUUUUGUUUUUCAACGAAUCGGCAGUUUUUGUUUAUUUAUUUUUUUACCUUCUCAUAAAAACUGUCUGCUUUGAACUUUUUUUUUUCUUUUUCCGCCUGCAGAACUUACAACUAACUCGCGCCCAUAAGAUCUUGGCUUUGGUACCCGCUCAAAACGCAUGCUCUGACGAUAGUUCCACAUCUGAUGAGGAAGCAAAUGCUUAUAUACCGCCUUCACCAGAUACCUCUGAUCCACCUUCAAUAGCAUCAUCACUAGAAGCCCUUAAUUUGCUUGAUACUUCAACUGACUCCAAAAACGAACAGCAUGAUAUACCCAUUACUUUACCACUCACACCAACAUUUGAUGAAGUUUUUCCAUCGCCGAAUACAAGUAACUACAAUGUUAUACCCACAUUGAACUCCAUCCAAUCUUUGCCAUCUCCUUCUGUUGAACUAUCAUCUCCCCAGCCUAGCACCAGCGGACAGCAGUUACUACUUACCAGGUCCAAGCGUAAAAAGACAACAAAGACUGUAGUGACCAAAAAAGUAAAGGUUCAGAAAUUCGCCCUAAAUUAUCAAUGGUUAAAAGCAGUAUUUCGUCACAAUGUAUCUCUUGAAGAAAACUUAUACAAUCUCCAUCAAACACAAAUAGAGACAGUACUGGAUUAUUUUUAUUUCUUUUUUCUCCUGACUUAAUUACUGACAUUGUUUAUAAUACAAAUUUAUAUGCAGUUGAACAACUAGGUCGAUCUAUUCAGCUGACAGAAGAUGAGAUUAAAAGCUUCCUGGCCAUUCAAAUCAUGAUGGGUAUAGUACAGAUGCCAGCUUAUACUGACUAUUGGGCAAGAAAAACAAGAUACCCUCUCAUUGCUGAUCUUAUGCCUCUCAAAAAGUAUCAACAAAUACGUCGAUAUAUUCAUUUUGUUGAUAAUACUUUGCAAGAUUCAGACCGUUAUUUCAAGAUUCGCCCCCUAAUGGAGAAAAUACGCAAAAAUUUUCUGAAAAUUGAAGAAGAAGGAAAAUAUUCCAUUGACGAGAUGAUGAUACCUUAUAAAGGUCGUAAAGCAGGUAAACGAAAGCAGUACAUAAAAAUGAAACCUAAGAAAUGGGGGUUUAAGAAUUUUGUCCGUGCGGGUGUUUCGGGUAUCAUCUACGAUUUUAUUCUGUAUGGUGGCGACGAUACCUUUCGUGGACUGACUUUUUCAGAGAAAGAAGCUACAAUUGGUUUAGGAGGUAUGGUAGUGCUUGCAUUGUGUCAAACUAUAAAGAAAAAGCCGGCCAUUGUGUAUGCUGAUAACUUUUUUAUGUCGCCUGAACUAACAUAUAUUCUGCGGGAAGAAUACGGGAUCCUUAGUCUAGGAACAAUAAGGACUAAUCGUCUCAGAGGCUGUCAAGAGUUAUUGCCAACUGACAAACAAUUAAAAAAGAAGAAACGCGGUUCUAGCGCCCAGGUGGUUUGCAAUAAGAAUAAGUUGGCAGUCGUAAAGUGGAACGACAAUAAAGUGGUUACACUUAUUAGCACCUACAUAGACUCGUACCCCUUAGAAACAAUCAAACGAUACGAUAAGGAUGAGAAAAAGAAAGUAGAUGUAGAAUGUCCUCAAGUGGUCAAACAUUACAACAAACAUAUGGGAGGGGUCGAUUUAGCAGAUAUGUUGAUAUCGUUAUAUAGAACUCCCUUCAAAAGUCACCGUUGGUACUUGGGAAUAUUUUCACAACUUGUUGAUAUGUGUAUAAAUAACGCUUGGCUCCUACAUAGAAGAGAUGGGAAGAAGACUUCAUUGAAAGAUUUCAGAUUUGAAUUGUUUGAUGGGUUGUCUAAGUCUAUUAGAAUAGGAACAAACCAAAACGUUACAGACGAUAUAGGCGAGAAUCUGAAAAUCCAUAAACCAGUCUCAGUCCGACCAACUGAUAGCGUCAGAUUUGAUAACACAGGUCAUCUUCCAGAAGCAGGUAAUGAAACAAUGCGUUGCAAAUAUUGUAAGAGUGGAAGAACAUCUGUCUACUGUAUAAAAUGUAACGUACAUUUGUGUUUUGUUGUGGGAAAAAUAAAACGUAAUUGCUUUCGUAAUUUUCACCUAAAAUAAUAAAGAAUAAUUUAAAUA